GAUUUACAUGCUUUACAUUUUUACAUUUAGUACAUGCUCUUUUCUAAACUUCAUCUGUGAAGAUAAAAAAAAAAAAAAAAUCAAUGUAUUCAACAUAUAUAUUACCAUUCAAACAUUUGGGGUCAGUGAGAUUAAUCAAAAGUGACAGAGAAGACAUUUACAUUUUACAAUAUAUUAAAAUAGAAAACAUUAAAGGGUCAUGAAACCCUAAAACACAUUCUUUUUAAAUAUUAACAGAUAUGUACAGGUUGUACAUCAUUGAAAACAACAAUAGUACUCUAUGUUUAUUAUUAAGUGAAAAUUGGUUAUUUUUUAGUUUUUCUGAGCUAUUUCGUUCUUCUGAUUUAAAAAGCAAAGCUGAACCAACGUCACGAAAAGUGAGGCAUAUGCAUUUAAUUCUGAGUGUUGUGACUGGACUGUGACUGGCCUUUGUGUUCACGUGCUCAUUGGAUAUGUCUGUGAUUGGCUACAACUGAUCAAAGCACAGGUAACUUAAUGAAUAUCUAUUUUGUUGUUUCAAUUAGAUUUGAAUUUAAAUUGAUCUAUGCAAAUAAUGGUGUUCUAGGUUGAUCAUAGAUCCAUUUCCACCAAUGCAGCUAGAAUCAACUUAGGCUUGUGUUGCUUUUGGGAAACAUUACCCAAAGCACUACCAUAGUGAUCACUUCAUUAUUAAAGUGAAAUGAAUUUUUGUUAGCAGGUCCUCAACCCAAGCACAAGUGCAACACUUCUCCACAUUGGUAACCCCAAAACCAUUAACAUAACAGAAACUUUUGAAUACCAACAUAAUAGAACAGUAACCAUUAAAAAGACACUCAAUUUUCUAAUUUUGCUAAAAAAUGCUUAAAAUAACACUUUAUUUCAACAUUUACUCUCUCAGUUCAGCCCCUUUGCAAAGCAUGAUGGGAAGUAAAAGUCCUGUUUGAUUAACUCCUGGUUUGGUUACUUGAUUGAAACAUGUUAUUUCAAUAUGAAAAAAUCAAGUUAAGUAAAAGAGUAACCGUUUCAAGUCAAUUUAACAUGAAUCAAUCACAUUUAAACCAGAAACCUGAUACAAUGGUGUUGAAUCAAAAUAAAUUGUUUAAAUAAAGUGAACAGCAUCAAAAAUCAUUUUUUUGAGUGCUGCAUUGUGAAGAAAUAUUUUACCAUAAGAUUAGAAAUAAGCAGUGAUAUUUAUUUAACUUUUAUCUUACAUUUGUUAAGAUUUUAUUUUUUAUGAUUUGUGUUUUAUUUUUUGGUUUUUGUCUCGUGUUAUGCUUUUUGUUUUGUCUUGUUUUGUUUUACUUUUUUCCAGAGCCAAAGGCACUUUAUUUUAAUCUAUACUAUAGAUUAAAGAAAACCUGUUAGUUGAAUCACAGACACAUCAUUGUAUAAUGCAUUUGAAAGAGCCCACUUCCAGAGGCUAAAUACAGUUUAAAGCACAAAGGGAAUGCUGCUGUACUGCUUUAUAUCACACACACAUGCGUGAGGGGUAUAAGCUGAUAAGAUGGGAAUGUUCGGAGCUGUUAGGGACCAAAAUGUUGUCAGGGACUCAUUGAGUGAAAGGGUAAAUGAUGAGAAGUGUGACAUAAACCAGCAGGUGGAACUCAGCUGUGAAAACAAAAGGGAAGCUAAUAACACUGCUGACAGAUGGUAGAACAAUCUCAUUUCUGUCUUUCUCUCAAUUUGUGCUGUUAGUGGAUUUGUUGGACAUGCACUGGAAGUACUGCCCUGAGCAAACCAAGAUGGAUCAUUGUGGACUAAAGGAGAUACUUUAUAAGAUCCAUAACUCUGCCAGCAAGCUUCUGUACUCGGCUCUGAUGCUGUUUACUGAUUUCACAGCUGGAAUACUUGGACAUCUGUUAUUCAGACGGCAUUUUCACUUCCUCCUCUCUGUGCUGGUGCUGUUUGGACCUGUUCUGAGUCUCUGGGUAUCCAAGUACAGCAUAUUUGGCAACAAGAACCACUACCUGUACAGAGUAUUCCUGCAUUCAUGCUGGGGCUGGACCUGCAUAUUAUGUGGCUCUUUUGUAUUUCUUCUGUCAUACUGCAUCAGUAACUCUCUCGUUCACUCAGUCCGUCACCUCUCUCGGCUCGUCGUAGCCGGGACUCUGUGGACACUGUUCCGUCGUGUUCUCUCCUUCCUAGUGGACGCCUCAGGAAGCUGUUUUGAGCCAUUACAAAGCACCACAGAAGUCCGCAGGAACCCCUGGGAGCUCCUGGACUCUGAUACAGGCCCCUUAUUACUACUGAGAGAGGAAAAGGGUAAAGCAGCCUGCCUUAAGGCUGGGCUACAGUGGCAGGGAUGUGAGGUGUCUGAUGAAAUCUUGAUUCUAAGUUUAUGUUGUUUGAUUCUUGCUGAGGAAAUUGCUGUUUUUGGGCCCUGCAUGGCUCUAGGAAAGCCUCUGGGGGCGCCGCUGAGGAUUCUCUUCAUGCUGUGUGUGUUGUUGAUGAGUCUCUGGAUCUUCCUGAUUCUCUGCUUGUUAGCGCACUUCCCACUGUUCCCUUCUCAGCUGGUUGGAGG